GAAACUGGGUUUGGGCCGUUGGGCUUUUCUUUGACCCAUCAGUUUCUGUUUUAAGCCCAAAAAAAUAAUCAAACCCUACUUCUAAUUAGGGUUUUUUAUUGCCCCCUUCGCAUCGCAUCUUACUCGUUUUCACCUUCUUGCCCAAAUCACAGAGUAAAAAUGGUGGAGAAAACUAAAGGUAGAAAGGAAGAGGUUGUGACUAGAGAGUACACCAUCAACCUCCACAAACGCCUUCAUGGAUGCACAUUCAAGAAGAAGGCACCAAAGGCAAUUAAGGAGAUCAAGAAGUUUGCACAGAAUGCAAUGGGGACAACAGAUGUGAGAGUGGAUGUGAAGCUGAACAAGUAUGUAUGGAGCAGAGGAAUCAGAAGUGUUCCGAGGAGGGUUAGGGUUAGGAUUGCUAGGAAGAGGAAUGAUGACGAGGAUGCUAAGGAGGAACUUUACUCGCUUGUAACGGUUGCGGAGAUCCCUGCAGAAGGGCUCAAGGGACUUGGCACUAAGAUCAUUGAUGAUGAAGAUUGAUUUGUUGAGUCUAGUCUUUUUGAUAUAUCGAGGGGAGUUUAGUUUUCGAUCCUUGUUUGGUUUUUACUAUCUACAUUUUGUCAAAGAUUUAACUUUCGAUGUUUUUGAUUUGAUGGGUUACUGUUCUCGUAUGA